GCUACCGUUGGCAUUUCCUACACAGUCAAUGGACGCAGAAGAACGAAAUCUGAAAAAAGGGAUACAACUCUUCAAGAGACAGGAUUACCACGGCUCGAUAGACGUGUUUGUUGCGGUUGUCCACGCGUACCAGGAUGAGUUCAACAAGAAUCGGAUGCGGCUAGAGAGGAAUGCUAAGAGAAAAACAGGAAGAAAAGGCGACGAGAAGGUCUGCUACAACAAGAACUACGUCAACGCUUUAGAUUUUCUCUCUGCCGCCUACCUGAAGGUGGACAAUCUGGAGAAAGCGCUGAGGUAUGCACGGGUGAUGGUGAGUCUGCAACCGCUCAGCUGUAAGGGAUACCUACGUUUGAGCAAGAUCCAUCUACUCCUAAGGAACGAUCGAAGGGCUUAUGACAUUCUGUGGAAGGGCUACCUGAAGAUCAGAGAGGCAAAGAAUGAUCCUGCAAAGAAGUUUGUCGUUAACGAGACUUUAUAUCGGCAACUGAAAGAUGAAUUGCAAAAGUCGAAAAACUCACUUCAGAGCGGCACGGAAAGUGUUGAGGAGGGUAUGCCUGGCUCACAGCACGUUGAGGCUAAAGAUAACGAUCCGCUGAAGGUCCUCCCCUUCGAGCUGUUAUGCAACAUUUUUGCUCAAUUCCCUCUCCCUUUCAAUCUACGAUGUCUAUGUGUGUCAAGCCAUUGGAAUGAGACCUUGACAAGCACGGCACGCAUUUUUGAGAGCUUUCAUUUGAAGAAAAACAUCAGGAAACAAGAGCUCACCGAGUUUUUCAAUUUUCUAGGCAAGAUUUAUCGGCAUAACAACGGCAGAGUAUUUUUGAAAUUUGUUAACAUCGAGCCCCAUGAAUCGGUUGAAAAGAGCAUCCUACAACUUUUCUUUAGUAAGAAGUUGAUUAUUGAAAGCCUCAAAAUCAAUCUCAAUUCCACGAAUCUUUUUGGCUUGAACCCGAUCAUCAAAAAUGGUAAGGUAACUUUUUCACAUACAAAGAGUUUGAAUCUACGGGUUCCUCUUUUUGUGAACGAGACCGUGUCUUUGUUGGAUAUAUUAGGCCGCUGUGAAAACCUUGAAAAAUUGGUGUUGAUCAUACCCAAAUUCGACUCAAGAUCGAAGUUGGUGCAACAGAAUGCCGUAAGAUUUGCAAAAUUACACCUGCUCAGUGUGUCUGUUGAGAAAGAAGCAGCUAAUAGCAUUUUCAACGAUACCGUGAUGAAUAAUUUUCUAGGACAAAACGUCUUUCCAAAAUUAAGGCAUCUAACGGUUUCACGUGUCAAACUGAGUCAAAAAGCAUUGAAGAAAAUUCUCAACCCUCAUAUUGAAACUAUAGAGCUUGACUCUGUGCCUGGGAUUUCAAUUGCAUCUCUGCUGGAUGCGAUGCUGGGAAACACCGAACCACUAAGUACUUUGAGAGAACUGAAAAUUGUUGAAACAGAGACCACAAUGGAUUCAUCACAUCGAGACUGGAGGAAUGAGCUUCUGAAUUCUAAGCUACUUUCAAACUUGAGUGUUCUAAUGCUUAGAAACAGCUGCAUAACUCCCAAAAUGCUAGAGGAUAUUCUUCUAGCCUCGCUUUGCCAAAUAAAGAGUUUACAUUUAGUCUUGAACAGAUAUAUAGUUUUUCAAAACAGACUGACCAACCCCAGCUCCACACAAACCCCUUACGAAUAUGCAAAUAUUUCAAACCUAAUAGCAAAAGUACCCCACAUAGAAGAGUUAUCAAUUGUUGGAUGUCCUGGAUUCAAUCAAUUGACGUUGAGUGAAUUAUCUAAGGAGGCAAUGACAAACCAUCUUUUUGACAAACUAUUUUAUUUAAACCUUUCCAUGAAUAAGGUUGAAGACAAUAGUUUGAUUCAACUAUUUAGGAAACCAUACAAUCUCAAGUUGGAUAAACUUGUUAUUCAGUAUUGCGAGGUGAGUCCUGGGACAGUGAAGUACCUUCUUGACAACAAAAUGUGUAGGUCUAUAGAUUACAAAAUGAGUGAUCGGGUCGUUUUAUAGUUUACAUGCAUGUUGAACCGUUAUCUUUUGUAAUAUUACGUAAUACACAGUAGCAUAUGUGUUCAUGAAGUCUUA